AUGGAAUUCAAAAAGCAGUGGGCUCGUAUCCAGCAAGCGUAUACCUCUGGCCCGCUGAAAGUUUAUGUGUCGAAUCCGUUUCAUGAUGCAGCAAAAUACCAGCUUAAAAAUUUCUACUACCAAGACUUCAGUCCUCAAACAACAACGACGUCAACAACAACCACGACAACGACCACAACAACUACAUUUUAUGAUUCUUGGGAUAACAUAACGAUGCCGCUGCAUACCUGCAACUAUGACAGUAUCCAUAUUUCAAGCAAUGGCGACUAUGACGCCUACGAUUGGACUGGAGAAUAUCAUAAAAUUCCUCACCAAAACGGAACAUACCCGAAAACGCUUACAAUUUCUACAUACGACGGUUAUGCUCAUUCAGGCUUUAGGUUCCAAACCUUUGUCGCCAAAUAUCACUCAACAGUGGACUGGGGUAAUCCUGAAUUUUGCUGGGAUUCUCACGUCCUAGGAAUACCAAGCUACGAGAGCAUUUUCAAUGAUCGCAAUUUUAUCUAUCCGGUGUAA